AUGAGUCGCAACAAGUACGCCAAGAAGCCCUUUUUCGUCUCCACUGUUGGCAGCCUCGAUCUCGACUACCAUGAGCCAUUUGGUGACUGGGACGUCGCCUCCGACACGGGUGCCAGCGCAUGGCACAACGCCCCCAUUGUGUCGACCACCACCCUGUCGCCGCACCUGCUAUCGUCGAAACUCACCAAUGGCGCACACCAUAACAGGGCAGCCUCCGCCCCGGGGCAGUCGACGGGUGCUCACAGCAAGAUCUUGACCAACGGCGCCAGCGGCCGCAGCCGCGGCGGGACGGCGAUGAGAACUUCGCCUUCGUACGACAACAGCGGUAUCGACUGGCAGGAAGAGCUGGCCGACGACCGCGAACGCAGCCAGGCGACCUCCUCGCGCGUCUGCCUGCAUCCGAAAGAGAUGAUGGAGGCUGCGCGGGACGACGCGAGUGUCAUCGAAGGCGGCGCCGGCGGUACCAGUGGCACCCGCAAGCGGAGCCGGAUGAGCUACAUUGCUUCCUCCAUGACCAGCGCCAGCGGCUUCCUCGGGUCGACCACGCCUCGCGAGGGCAAGAGCAGCAGCGGCGUAGUGGACGGUUUUGAGCGCAUGUUGCUGCUGCGCGGAAGCGAGCACAGCGCCUCCACCUUCACCUCCAGUCUCGGACCCACACCGUCCAGCAGCUGGCUUGCUCAAAUUCCUCCCUUCUCACCACCGCCAUCGCCGCAGCCGCAUCUACUUCCGAAGCGCGGUAGUGGCGCAGGCACAAGCUUAGGCGGAGGCAAGGGCAGCAAGGCGCUCGCAUCCUCCACUUCCGUCGGCAGCGUGCGCAGCAUCGCAGCUCCUGCCGAUGCUCUUGCUGAUGCCGUGUCGGCCCAGCCUGCCCAGGAGCCGUCUCAACCCGCCCCCCGCGAGCGGCAGCCCUCUUCUUCCGGCGGCGCAGCAAGCGCAGGGAGAGAGGCCACCGCUCCACUUGUCCCUUAUUCUUCUCAUUUUCCUUCUCCGUCUCCUACGGAUGCGACGGCAUGCGAGAUCGCCGCGCUCCGCGAACAGGUCGAGCAGCUUCAGAUGGCCCUACGGCGCAAGCAGGCCAGCAAAUGGCAGCCGUACCGCCAAGAGCUGCCGCAACUGCAGCGCAUGCCGAUCGCCGACGCCCCCCGCACACCAUUCGACCUGUCCGACUCGCACAACAUCACGACGCCCCCGUCCCAGGACACCGGCCAGGACGAGACGGCGCACACGCCGCUGGUGUCACGUGACGAAACCAAGUACGAGGACCUUGCAAGGAAGAUCGAUGCCUUGGAAUCGCUCUUCAAGCUUGCGGGCGUCGCACAGCUGCAACAAGGCCCGCAACAGCACGCAUCGCCCGUCUCCAUCGCCUCGAAGUCACUGCCACCGGUCGAGACGCGCUCCGCUAGUCCAGCCAGCGGCGUCCUUGUCGGCACGACUGCCUCUUUGCACCUGCGCUCGGACACGCCGCCGCCGCCGAGCGCUGUCGCGUCGCCCAUGUCCUCUACCGCUGCCGCUGCCCGGCAGCGGCACAACAUUCACUGCGCGCGUUCCCUUGGCUCCUUGUCUGACUGGCAGAGCGAUGCACGCAACCCAACCGUCAGUAUGGCAACGAAGUCGUCAUCAAGCGCCGUCUUCACCGUAUCGUCCGGCGACGAGCGAGAACGCGACACAAAGAUCAGCGUCAAGAAACUAUUCAAGUUCACCAUCUCGGCGCGCCGCAAGGGCGAGCCAUCGCCGCUGCCGGCUGCGGAUGCGUCCGCCGCAAAGAUCAAGCUCAAACAGGGGCCAGGUCGCGGUCGGAUGUACAUCAAGCCGGGCUGA